UGUCAGUUGUGAGUGGUGGCUGGAAGCAAACAAGAAAAGGGAGAAAUAGAAUUUCGCGCUGGUCGGAGUAGAAAAGUAAAAGUGCUGCUGAAAUCCAACAAAUUAUUCGUCUAGCACUACGAAAAGUCAAGGAAAAUGGCCUACCGCAUGAAAGCAGCCAAAUGUCCCACCGACGUACUGUCGCUGACCAACAAGGCGAUCGUCAAUAUUGCCGAUUUCACCGAUGAAGUCAAAUAUGCAGACAUUUCGCCUGGACCUGGACAGCACUACAUUUUCGCGCUGGAGAAGAUUGCGGAUUUUCCACGUGGCCAAGUGGGCUUCUCCUUGGUGCAACGCAAGUGGGCCACGUUGUCCAUUAACCAGGAGAUCGAUGUGCGACCCUAUCGUUUCGAUGCCAACUCCGACAUCAUCACCGAGGUGUCCUUCGAGACGGACUUUCUGCAAAAGAAGACCAUCACGCAAGAGGCAUACGACUCUGAUGAAAUGGCCAAAGAGUUCAUAAUGCAGUUCGCUGGCAUGGCUCUGACAGUGGGGCAGACGCUCGUCUUUAGUUUCAAGGAUAAGAAGCUGUUGGGACUAGCUGUGAAGACACUGGAGGCACUCGAUCCGAAGACAAUUGGCGAUGGCAAGGAGCCAAAGACCCGCAACGUGCGCUUUGGACGCAUUCUGGGCAACACGGUGGUGCAAUUCGAGAAAGCCGAGAACUCGGUGCUGAAUCUGCAGGGCAAAUCGAAGGGCAAGAUAGUGCGACAGUCCAUCAUCAAUCCCGAUUGGGACUUCGGUAAGAUGGGCAUCGGUGGCCUGGACAAAGAAUUCAAUGCCAUCUUUCGCCGCGCCUUUGCCUCGCGUGUUUUCCCACCGGAGCUCGUCGAACAGCUGGGCAUUAAGCAUGUGAAGGGCAUUUUGCUGUACGGACCGCCCGGAACAGGCAAAACGCUAAUGGCUCGCCAAAUAGGCACCAUGUUGAAUGCACGAGAGCCGAAAAUUGUGAAUGGACCCCAAAUUCUGGACAAAUAUGUGGGUGAAUCGGAGGCGAACAUUCGCCGGCUAUUUGCCGAUGCCGAGGAGGAGGAAAAGCGUCUUGGACCGAACAGUGGGCUGCACAUAAUCAUCUUUGAUGAAAUCGAUGCGAUUUGCAAAGCGCGUGGAUCUGUAGCUGGAAACAGUGGCGUCCACGACACCGUUGUCAAUCAGCUGCUGGCGAAGAUCGACGGCGUGGAGCAGCUGAACAACAUUCUGGUCAUUGGCAUGACCAAUCGCAGGGACAUGAUCGACGAGGCCCUUAUGCGACCGGGUCGGUUGGAGGUGCAGAUGGAGAUCAGCCUGCCUAAUGAGCAGGGACGCGUCCAGAUUCUCAAUAUACACACAAAACGCAUGCGCGACUUCAAUAAAAUCGCAGGAGAUGUCGAUAAUAAGGAAAUUGCAUCGAUCACUAAGAACUUUAGCGGUGCGGAACUCGAGGGUUUGGUACGUGCGGCACAAUCCACUGCCAUGAAUCGCCUCAUUAAGGCGGACACGAAAGUCACCGUGGAUCCUGAAGCGAUGGAGAAGUUAAAGGUAACAAGGUCGGAUUUCCUUCACGCACUUGAGAACGAUAUAAAGCCGGCAUUUGGCACGGCCCAAGAAAUGCUGGAGAACAUGUUGUCCAGGGGCGUUAUCAAUUGGGGCCAACCCGUCACCAGUCUCCUCGAGGAUGGCAUGCUCUAUGUGCAGCAGGCCAAGGCCACCGAAAGCUCUGGUCUUGUCUCUGUUCUUAUUGAGGGGGCGCCUAAUUCUGGCAAGUCGGCGCUAGCCGCCAGACUGGCCAAGAUGUCCGAUUUCCCCUUCGUCAAGGUGUGUUCGCCCGAGGACAUGGUUGGCUUUACCGAGUCCGCCAAGUGCUUGCACAUACGUAAAAUCUUCGACGAUGCCUAUCGCUCCACACUCAGCUGCAUUGUGGUGGACAAUGUGGAGCGUCUGCUGGACUACGGACCCAUCGGUCCACGUUACUCGAAUCUGACUUUACAAGCAUUGCUCGUGCUGCUCAAGAAACAGCCUCCAAAGGGUCGUAAACUGCUCAUACUGUGCACCAGCAGUCGGCGCGAAGUGCUCGAGGAAAUGGAAAUGCUCUCGGCCUUCACCUCUGUGCUGCAUGUGCCCAACUUGUCCAGUCCGGAGCAUGUGCUCGGCGUCUUGGAGCAUGCAGAGCUCUUCACUCGCGAUGAAUUGAUGAGCAUUGCUAGGAAUAUGGCCGGCAAGCGUGUCUACAUUGGCAUCAAGAAGCUGCUGGGACUCAUCGACAUGGCACGGCAAUCGGAUCCACAGCAUCGCGUCGUCAAGUUCCUGUCCAAAAUGGAGGAGGAGGGUGGCCUGGACAUGAUCGCCCGGACCCAGUAGCUACCGCUUGUCUCUGAUCUCAGAAUGUCCGUUGUGGAGCUGGACGACGCUUUCUAGACACGAGCGUGUGCCGAACACAGUGCGCGCCAAAAGUAACCUACACCAUCGAACUAGCUCAAAUCGCAAUUUUUAUACAUUUAUACACCGAAACAACAACAUCAAUAGAACGUUUUAUACAUUUAUAACGCAACAAGUAACUAAAAACAAAACGAAAAAGAACAGGCGCCACGAUGCAAAUUUUGAUACAUUUAUAAUGAAAAACAAAAAUGAAGAACAGCCGCAGAAAUAGCAACACAAAUAUGCGAAAGCUAGCAACAACAAUGAUGUUAAUUAGCGACAAUUAUUUUUAGAAACAUUCCACACAAAUCCCAGCGUGUGGCAGCCACGCCCAUAAGCUCCAUUAGUAUCCUUACGCGUUCAAAAUGUACUUUGUAGUUGUGUAUUAACCCUAUAAUCCCCCAAUCUAGCACCCAUAUUGUUUAUGUAUGUAUGUGUUUGUAUAUGUAUUAGAGUAUCGAGCAUUAAAGUUGUACAAGUUUACGUUAA